CCUUCAGACGUUGUGAUGGGAGGGUGUGGUCGCUCCUGCCUUCUGGCUGCCAUCACUCUCUUGACAGCCACUCUGCACCCCAACCUUGCCUUCUCCCCGCCACUCAUCCGCCACACCCCACCAACACCCUUAGGCACCCCAGAUGGCCCUAAAACCCCCCUGACCAGACCAUCAAUCACCCUGGGCACUCCUGUCGUCGUCCCUGCAUCACUUGUUCCCAGAGUGACUCUUAAAAGUGGCCCUGAUGAUACACACACGCCACGCUCUCCACUUUCAACUUCAGAUCACAAAACUUCCACGAGCCGCAGUAGAGUCGUGAAGGAACGCCAGGUGACCACAGGUGAGGCUACCCAAACCUUACCUGCCACGAACCACACCCUCACCGCUGACCAUGACUCCUUGCCGGCUCACCUGUCUACCUCUCACAUGCACGACCUUGAAACUCCCCAAAACAGGUCCCGCGCCCCUUCACUCCUUCCGCAGGCUGUCCACACUGACCCAGGUACUCCGCCAGACGACCCCACCUGGAAACGACCUCCCCGCACCGCUAGUAAAUCCAGGGGCGGGACACGGAGGCGCCCCACGUCCUCUCAGAUUGCAGUGGACACCUCGGUUCCCUUCAGUCUGGCGCCGCAGCCCGUCAAGGACACACCCGAAGUGGCGCUAGCGAGAAGAAAUUUCUUGAGGACUUAUGAAAGGAUUCGAGACUCCUUCCUCAACACUGGUAGCUUCUCACACACCAUCGGAAACUCGCCUCCCUUUGGCUUCAACAUCCACACCUCACGCGAAGCCUCAGACUCCCGCCCAAGACACCGCGAGGAUGACGACGACCACGAUCGCUACGGCCCGCUUGUGAGAAUCCACGACCACCAGAACGACCACCGCAGACGACCAAGCACUAGGAACCAGCAGAAGAGUCACAAGAGCCGCCACGACUCGCCAAGAAGGUCCCACGACUCACGGAGAUCCCAGUACGACCCUCCAAGGAGACCCCACGACUCAAGUGAAGAAUUUAGACACCAUUACGACCCACCAAGAUCUCACGACUCCCACGAGGACCGCAGAUCCCAAUACGACCCUCCAGGCAGGUCGUACGCCUCACACGACGACCAUAGACCCCAAAACGACCCUCCAGUCAAGUGUACUGUCCCGCAGAACGACCCGGGGCGACAGGAUGGAAUCUACGACCACAGUAAUCAUUCGCACCACCUGCACGACCACCAGGACGACCCGCCAGAGCUGCAGGAACUGUUUCGUAGUCUGAGCAAAUUGUACAGACUCUUCAAGGCGUUCAAGAGUAGCCAUCCAGACUUGGAGAGCAGCAUCCAUCAACAGCUAUUGGGAUUACCGCUUUUCCAGGAUGUCUUCAGCCACCACCAUCACCACCACGAUGACCACCACCACCACGAGCACCAGCAUCACCACUCCCAUAUGGAUCACCCCGUCAACCACACACAUCCAGACCAGUCGACGCUCAUUGCAUCCUCACAUCCCUACAGCGUGUUUCCAGAUCCCCAGCUAGAGCCUGAGUACUUUUUGCCCUCCAUGUCUCCAGAUUUCAACUUCGUCAGCAGUCUGGAACCUCCUCUCCCUGCGGAUCCUUUUGUCCAGUCCAUCAAGCCUCUUUGGAAGUCCAGGAACAGAGGAACGUGUUAUGAAAUUGUACUACUGGAAGCAGAACACGAUGAUGAUGAUGAUGAUGAUGAUGAUGAUGACGAUGAUGAUGACGAUGAUGAUGAUGUAAAGCACAGACAAGAAGUUAAUGAUGGUACCUCCUCUUCCUCCUCCUCUUCCUCUUUCUCCUCCUCCUCCUCCGUGUUAUCUGCAGGUGUGUCUCCCUCAGUCACCUCCUCAACUCACUCCCUCGACUUUCCAGCUUCCCAUCAUAGUUCAUCUUCCAAAUCCAUCCCUUCUGGCUCUUCUCGUCCCCUGCCACUAACUCCGCAAGGACACAAGACAAGGGUAACUUCACCUUAUCCAUCUAAUAACGCCACUUUUCCUCCACCUCAUCCAAAUGUCCCUUCCACCACUACCACUACUAACGCCACAACACCGCACCGCUACACCUCCUCGUCUGUGUUGCUGCGAAAAUACUACAUCGCUCCUAACUCCAAUGAGAGGGUGAGUGAGGAACGGCCAGUGAUAGAGAGUAAGAGAAACAAACUGCCCCUCCAUUUUCGCGUGCCUCAGUGGUCAUCCUUGCGCCCGGAGAGAUAGAAAACGGGAUCCGAGCCCAGUCACGCGCGUAGGUAUGACUAAAGUAAUGAUGAAAAUUUAAAAGAAAUAUAUAAAAACAAUACAAAAACUGUUCACGUUCAUGUUUGGUAACGUGGAAAAGAGAAGGAGAGAUUUGUUAUAGGUGUGUGUGUGUGUGUGUGUGUGUCUGUGUUCAUUCAUUAUGCAAUAGUCCUCGCGUAUUGUCCGUGUGAGAGAGAGAGAGAGAGAGAGAGAGAGAGAGAGAGAGAGAGAGAGAGAGAGAGAGAGAGAGAGAGAGAGAGAGAGAGAAAGUGCACGUAUCUAGAAUUAUUUGUACUGUCUCUGAGCCUUUUUAUUUAUGUAUACAGAAGCAAAUAAUACAGUUUCUAUGUUGCCAAAAUGUACUUUUAAAAUGUUUCCCUUUUGUUCUUUCCCCCUUUUGAAUUGGAUGUAUUGCGUAUCACUCAUUAAAUAUUGCAAUGGUACUCUUUUAUUUCCUACUGCAUAUAUAAGUCUUGAUAGGAGUGAUUAGAUUGUUAUUAUUAUUAUUAUUAUUAUUAUUAUUAGAGAGAGAGAGAGAGAGGAGAGGGGGGCCGCCAUACAGUAGUCAUAUUGAGUAAGUCGCAGGGAAGGUUAGUUUCUACUUUGUGUAAAUAAUAUUUUCACGUAUAAUUCUUGUAUUGAAAUCAGCAAAAAAUGAAAAUAAAAAUGA